AUGGGUGCGGUGAAGGUGAUCAAGAACAAAGCGUUCUUCAAACGCUUCCAAGUGAAACUAAAAAGGCGACGUCAGGGCAAGACGGACUACUAUGCAAGAAAAAGGCUAACAGUACAAGACAAGAACAAGUACAACACUCCGAAGUACAGACUCAUCGCUCGUUUCACGAACAAGGACAUUGUGGCUCAGAUUGCUUACUCAAAGAUCGAAGGAGACGUCGUGGUAACAGCGGCAUAUUCGCACGAACUUCCCGCCUACGGCAUCAAGGUUGGUCUAACAAACUAUGCUGCUGCGUAUGCCACUGGCCUUUUGCUUGCUCGACGUCACUUGAAACGGCUUAACUUGGACGAAACAUUCAAGGGGCAAGAUGAGGUUACCGGUGAGUAUUUCAUUGUUGAAGAGGAAGGAGGUCGCAGGCCGUUCAAGGCGGUACUGGAUGUUGGAUUGUCUCGAACAACAACUGGUUGUAAGAUUUUCGGUCUAAUGAAAGGUGUUGUAGAUGGCGGCAUCGACGUACCACACAGCGAGAACCGCUUCUUCGGUUAUGAUGCUGAGACGAAGAAAUACGACGCCGCAGCUCAUCGAGAUCGAAUUUUCGGCAAGCAUGUAGCUGACUAUAUGAAAUUGCUCAAGGAGAACGAUAUGGAAGCUUACAAACGUCAAUUCUCUCAGUUCAUCGCUGAGGGUAUUGAACCAGACGAUUUGGAGGAGAUGUACAAGAAAGCUCACGAACGCAUUCGAAGUCAACCAGAUCAUGUUGCUCCAGCUCCUAAGAAAGUCGAGAAAAAGAGCUAUCGCAUCCAUAAGAUCAGCUUGGAGGAGAGAAAGAAACGCAUUGAGGAGAAGAAAGCGCUGCUCCUGCUACUGAAGAAACAGCAAGACGCCGCAAUGUCGUGA